GACUGAACAGCUGCUGAGGAGAGACCUGAGAGAGAUGGGCGUGGGGACGGACAAGCGAUUCUGGCAGUUUGGCGGCGGCGGCGGCCAGGAUGUGGAGACGGGCAUGCCGCUGUACCCGGGGGCGGACAGCCUGGACAACGCGCUGAGAUGGGGAUUCAUUCGCAAGGUCUACGGCAUCAUCGCCGUGCAGCUGGUGCUGACCACCAUGGUGGCGGCCACCGUGGUCAUGAACGCCUCGGUCCAGCACUUCCUGCUGCAAAACUUCGGCAUCCAGAUCGCGCUCCUGCUCGUCUCCAUCCUGGCGCUCAUCCCGCUGUACAUCUGGCGCACCACCCACCCACACAACCUCAUCAUGCUGGGCAUCUGGACCACGCUGUUCUCAGUCACCGUCGGCAUGACCUGCAGCUUCUACCAGCCAGCCAUCGUCCUGGAGGCCCUGUUCCUCACAGCUGCUGUCGUGCUGGGGCUCACCCUGUACGCAUUCCAUGCGACGCGGCAAGGCACAGACCUGACGUUCAUGGGCCCAGCACUGUAUGGCUGCCUGCUGGCCAUGGUCGUGUGGUCAUUCAUCCAGCUCAUCUUCCCGCCCGGCCCCGUGGGGCGCACCAUCUUUGCGCUGCUGGGCGCCAUCCUGUUCAGUUUCUACCUCGUGUUUGACACCCAGCUGCUCAUAUCGCGCUUUGACCUCGACGACUACAUCUGGGCAGCCAUAACCAUUUACCUAGACAUCAUUAACCUCUUCUUGUACCUGCUUCGCCUCCUGGGCGAGCAGCAACGCAGCAGCUGACCAUGCUGGUGGGAUGAGGGAGUGCGGCAGCUGUGGCAGCAAAGGCAGCUGCUGACGCGCAUCAUUCCAGGUCGCUGCUGGUGUCAACGUGUGCUCCUUCAUGUUGAGUCGUCUGGCAAUUUACUCAGCUUGAAAGCAUAAUGCCCUGUAACCUUUCUGUUUUCUGUUA